GUCGGACUUCAAUACAUUAGAAACAUGACAGUAAAAGUAAAAACGAUUUUCUAAAAUGGAUAUCAUACGAAAGAGUGUCCAUCUUAUUAUAUUCAUAUUGUUCAUUAAUAUUCAUCUUAGCGAUGGAGUAUGCACGUGGCCCAGCGAGUUCUCCUCGAGCACGUGGCUUUCGAACCGGCAGGGGACGCUGGUGUUCAAGGAGACCACGAUGGACGGAUGGUCAUUCUUGCUGGACGGACAGAAUGUUUCACAGUGGCAGUGCACCAACGCCGAUCAUUUCGCCACCGAAGGGUACCUUAUGCUGCGUUCAGUCCUGACCUUCGACCAGUUCAAUGCUCCUUAUUACGCUUACCUCUGUCUCCGCAUGGCGCGCCUCACCGACCACUCCUUCCGCUAUUACAUUGAGGCCCCGGAGCAAGUUAAAAUUGGACGCGCCAGGUAUCUGAUUGCUCCAAGCGGCACUUACUCUUUAAAGACCGAGAUGUGUUACCAACAGUUUGGGUCUGAGGGUUCCGAAUAUGAGGUCCUCAUCCGGUCGGGCGCCGAGGGAUCCGCUGCUGUCAGCUGUCCAUGGGUGUUCCUCGGCGAGUACGACUAUACACACGAAACUUCUGGAGGCGUUGUCACAUGUACCGGAAGUGGAGACACGUGGGACACAUGCUCAGAUAACACGUUGAUGACGUUCGACCUGAACGCGUGUGCAACGAAAGUUGCUUAUUCAGACACGAGCACGGUAACGUGUGUUGACACGGUGCCGUCAGGGGGAGACAAUUACGUCACCGUCUACAACAGCGGAACUACGGACGGCGUUAACACGUUCCAAUUCGCUUGUUUUGCUGUAUCCGACGACAAGACAGCAGCCUCUGUUGCUCCGAGUUUCUGUCGAAAGUCAAUGUCGUCGGCAUCUUUCCCGACGGAUGCGAACGGCAAUCUCAUUGGCGCCAAAAUAACCAUUACCAACAUUAUAGUAUCCUGUCCGGAUCUGGCCGCCCCCGCCGGUGGCACCGUCAACAUUGUGACGGACGGCGCGACCACCACUGCCUCGUACGAAUGCGCGCCGGAGUACGCCCUGUACGGGGACGCCGAGCGCACGUGCAUGGGAGACGACACCUGGACGGGAGACUCACCGUCUUGUAAAUGCAUUGCCCCUGACCCAUUGUUGAACGGUAACGUGACGGUAUCUGGUGACGGUGACGUAGCGACGUACACGUGCGAUGUUGGGUUCGUUCUAAAAGGCGACCAAAAUCGGUAUUGCUCCACCGAGGGCUAUUCUUGGAACGGAACGGAACCAACAUGUGACACUUGCUCGCCCCUGACCACUCUCUCAUUCGGAUCUAUCUCGCUGACGUCAGAAGGUGGCACAACCGUGGCAUCAUUUUCCUGUGACGUCGGUUAUAGUCUGGAUGGUGUCACGUCAGUUUCUUGUCAGCUUGACGGAACGUGGAGCGACACGUUACCAGGAUGUGUUGAAUGUGGCGCGCUGACAACACCAAAUUUAGCCAGCUUAUCGAUGUCCACGAACGGUUCAAAUACGCUCACUACGUUCACGUGCCAGACCGGAUAUGACGUCAGCGGGGAGGCAACAUUAGCUUGCGCAUCAGACGGAAGCUGGUCUGGAAAUGAGCCUGCUUGCGUGUGCGAGCAACUGUCUUCCCCGGUCUCUGGAAGUGUUGUCGUGAACGUCGCCACUGGAACGGCCACCUACUCAUGUGACGUCGGCUACUCCUUGGAUGGUGACGCCACCCGCACGUGCAUAAUGGACGGAACCUCCUGGUCUGGCACUGCACCUUCGUGUGCCGCUUGCCUAUCAUUGGCGUCACCAGACGGCGGGAACGUUUCCUUGACAACAGACGGUAUGCAGACGACAGCCAGCUUCACGUGCAAUAGUGGAGCGAGGCUUAUUGGAGUAUCGGCUGCUGUCUGUCUAACUGAUGGCACGUGGUCUAGCGUAGAACCAACGUGUAAGACUUGCGCCACGCUCUCAGCCCCACCCAGUGGUAACGUUACGUUGGUCAGUGACAGUACAGGGACGUCAGCGGAAUACAACUGCACGACCGGGUAUCAGCUCGUUGGAUCCGGCGUCCGCUCGUGCCUUGAAGAUGGCUCGUGGAAUGGUACACAACCUUCGUGCGAAUGUGUAUUACCUGCCGCCCCCGACAAUGGGUCCGUGACUUUGACCGGAAGUGAUGCAAUGUUCACGUGCAACACUGGUACCACCCUCAGCGGCGCAACCAUAGCCUCAUGCGGAAGUGAUGGGGAGGGAUGGAGCGCCGAAACACCCAUUUGUGUUGUGUGCGCCAGCCUGGGCCCGUUGUCGACGGGUGAAAGUAUGGAACUUACGUCACCAGACGGUCUACAGACCCUCGCAACGUUCACGUGCCAGCUUGGAUACAGUCUACAAGGAAACCAGAAUCUCACGUGCAGUGAGGACGGCUCCUGGGACGCCACAACGCCAACCUGCAAUAAGUGCGAGGACCAGACAGACCCCAGUAGCGGAAAUGUAACCCUGACAACGGACGGAACAACGACCAGUGCGAUUGUCUCGUGCGACCAGGGAUUCAGCAUCAGUGACGUCAGCAGUGUUACAGCUGAGUGCAGCCCUGAGGGAACUUGGGACGUCAUGGGAGUCACUUGUGUGGAAUGCCAGACCCUAGCCAACGUAACUAGCGGUUCUGUGACGGUGACGACGAACGGUUCUCUCAGUGAUGUUUCCUACACAUGCCUUCCUGGAUAUGACCUUGUCGGGGCGGGGUCAAGGUCGUGCUUAUCAGACGGAACGUGGGAGGGCACUGACCCUUCAUGUGUGUGUUCACCGCCUGCAUCUUUUACCAAUGGCGGUGUCACUGUAUCAAGUGACGGAAUGACCGUGGCCUUUACAUGUGACCUUGGCUACUCCCUAGACGGGGCCUCCACCACUUUGUGCGAUCCCGCUGGCUUAGGCUGGAACCAUGCUAUUCCUUCAUGUGUGCUUUGUGAAAGUGUGUCAAACCCUAGCAACGGUGAUGUUACCAUAACAACAAAUGGAAGCACGAGCGUGGCAACAUACAACUGUAUGGCUGGAUACUCUCUGCAAGGCGUGACUUCCAGUGACGUCACCUGUCAAUCAAAUGGAGCAUGGAGUCAAUCUCCACCCACUUGCGACCCAGACAGUGGCUCGGUGACCUUAAACUUCAAUGACACCGCUACCAUGGCAACGUACACGUGUGUACAGGGAUACCACGUGGAUGGUGUAGAAACGAUAACGUGUGGAUCGGACGGUGCCUGGGAACAAACACCGCCAUCUUGUGGUAACGCAGCCAGCAUUUUGUUCUGUGAACAUCAAGAUAUAAACGAGGAUGAUAGCCGGUGA